AUGGGCUCCAAUAUUAGUAAAAUUGAAGAUGCAGUAUAUGACUUUUAUCGUAGAAAUUAUCCGGAUGUUUGGUUUUUGGCACCGCCCUUUCUUGCUUCGGUUGGAGCUAUAGGAUUCGUUGGUUACUCAUUUGCAAACAACAGAGCAGUGCCAUCAUCACCAAAUGUAAGCUUUUCACACUUACUUGGAGUAGCCGGAGGCUUUGGUAUCAGCUUUUGGAUGAAUACGGUUCAUGGUACAGCAAUGUUUCGAUUAUUAACGCGCCAAGAUUUUGGUACAGUUCAAUCGCAUAUAUCAUCUGUGUAUUUUUCAUCAACAGCCGUACUAGCUAGUCUAAGUUUAGGAACAUUUUUAUUGCGUCAUCCAUACAAUACAUGGUCAAAAGACGCUGCAAACUUGGGUAUUGCAUUGACUGUUGCAUUAAUAUGUGCUGAAGUAAAUAGUAUUGUAUUAUCUCCAUUGGUGACAAAUUUAAUGUUUGAUCGAAAUAAUAUUGAAUUUAUUCAAAGUGCAAAAUCAUCGGAUGAAAUUGAAAAAUUACAUGCUGAAGAUCCAAAAUAUCGUAUAAUUAGUAAUAAAUUUAGUUUAUUUCAUUCACUAUCACUUGCCACUGGAUUGGUAUAUCAUGGUUUACAAUGGUAUCAUCUAUGGUUUCUUGCUGAUAAAUGUCUAGUUUUAUAA